AUGGGGAUGGAAUCUGGGAGAAGGGGAUGGAAUCUAGGAGAAGGGGAUGGAAUCAGGGAGAAGGGGAUGGAAUCUAGGAGAAGGGGAUGGAAUUUAGGAGAAGGGGAUGGAAUCUGGGAGAAGGGGAUGCAGUCAGAGAGAAGGGGAUGGAAUCGGGGAGAAGGGGAUGGAAUCAAAGAGAAGGGGAUGGAAUUUGGGAGAAUGGGAUGGAUUUGGGAGAAGGAGAUGGAAUCUGGGAGAAGGGAAUGGAAUCUGGGAGAAGGGGAUGGAAUCUGGGAGAAGGGGAUGGAAUCUGGGAGAAGGGGAUGGAAUCUGGGAGAAGGGGAUGGAAUCUGGGAGAAGGGGAUGGAAUCUGGGAGAAGGGGAUGGAAUCUGGUAAAAGGGGAUGGAAUCUGGGAGAAGGGGAUGGAAUCUGGGAGUAGGGGAUGGAAUUUGGGACAAGGGGAUGGAAUUUGGGAGAAGGGUAUGGAAUCAGGGAGAAAGGAUGGAAUGGAGAAAGGAUGGAAUGUGAGAGAAGGGGAUGGAAUCUGGGAGAAGGGGAUGGAAUCUGGGAGAAGGGGAUGGAAUCUGGGAGAAGGGGAUGGAAUCUGGGAGAAGGGGAUGGAAUCUGGGAGAAGGGGAUGGAAUCUGGGAGAAGGGGAUGGAAUUUGGGAGAAGGGGAUUGAUUCUGGGAGAACGGGUGGAAUCUGGGAGAAGGGGAAGGAAUCCGAGAGAAGGGGAUGGAAUCUGGGAGAAGGGGAUGGAAUCUGGAAGAAGGGGAUGGAAUCUGGGAGAAGGGGAUGGAAUCUGGGGAAAGGGGAUGGAAUCUGGGAGAAGGGGAUGGAAUCUGGGAGAAGGGGAUGGAAUCUGGGAGAAGGGGAUGGAAUCUGGGAGAAGGGGAUGGAAUCUGGGAGAAGGGGAUGGAAUCUGGGAGAAGGGGAUGGAAUCUGGGAGAAGGGGAUGGAAUCUGGGAGAAGGGGAUGGAAUCAGGGAGAAGGUGAUGGAAUCGGGGAGAAGGGAUAG